AUGGCAGAUGUCCAAAAAACACAUGAUGAGGAAGAAGAUGGCAUAUAUACAGAAGAUGGGACAAUCGACAUUUACAAAAAACCUGCCAACAAAAAAAGGACUGGAAAUUGGAAAGCAUGCCGCUUUAUUCUUGGAAAUGAAUGUUGUGAAAGAUUGGCAUACUAUGGCAUGAGUACAAACCUAGUGAACUAUCUCCAGGAACGUUUCAACCAAGGAAAUGCAACUGCUGCAAAUAAUGUCACAACCUGGUCAGGGACAUGCUACCUGACGCCAUUGCUUGGAGCCUUUUUAGCUGAUUCAUACUUGGGAAGAUACUGGACAAUUGCAAGUUUCUCAACUAUCUACGUCAUUGGAAUGGCACUUUUAACAUUUUCUGCUGUUGCACCUGGACUAAAGCCUUCAUGUGAUGAUAAUGGUUGCCAUCCAACAACAGGACAAACUGCAGCUUGCUUUAUAGCACUCUACUUGGUUGCUCUUGGAACUGGUGGUAUUAAACCAUGUGUCUCAUCAUUUGGUGCUGACCAAUUUGAUGAAAAUGAUGAAACUGAGAGGAUAAAGAAGAGCUCUUUCUUCAAUUGGUUUUACUUCUCAAUUAAUAUUGGUGCAAUGAUUGCUUCCUCAGUGUUAGUUUGGAUACAGAUGAAUGUGGGUUGGGGAUGGGGUUUUGGAGUACCUGCAGUUGCAAUGGUCAUUGCAAUUAUAUUUUUCUUCAUUGGUAGUCAAUGGUACAGACUUCAAAUACCAGGUGGCAGUCCCCUUACAAGGAUUUGUCAAGUUUUAGUUGCAGCAUCUAGGAAAGUUAUGCUACAGGUGCCAGAUGAUAAGUCUCUUCUUUAUGAGACUGAAGAUGCAGAAUCAAAUAUCAAAGGGAGCCGCAAACUUGAACACACUAAUAAAUUAAAGUGUUUGGAUAAGGCUGCAAUAGAGGUAGCAUCUGAUCGCAUUAAGGAUUUGCCAAAUCCAUGGAGACUCUCCACAGUAACACAAGUUGAGGAGCUCAAGUCAAUAGUCCAUUUGCUCCCAGUUUGGGCAUCACUGAUUGCUUUUGCAACUGUAUACAGUCAAAUGAGCACUAUGUUUGUAUUACAAGGCAACACAAUGGACCAACACAUUGGCCCUCACUUCAAAAUUCCAUCAGCAUCUCUCUCCCUUUUUGACACUCUAAGUGUCAUCUUCUGGGCCCCAGUUUAUGACCGCAUCAUUGUCCCAUAUGCAAGAAAGUUCACUGGUCAUGAACAAGGAUUCACACAGCUUCAAAGAAUAGGCAUUGGCCUUGUCAUUUCCAUUAUUUCCAUGAUUGUUGCUGGCAUUUUAGAGGUUGUUAGACUUGACAUGGUGAGAAAAAACAACUACUAUGAUCUUGAAACUAUCCCCAUGUCAAUCUUCUGGCAAGUGCCUCAGUAUUUUCUUGUGGGGGCUGCAGAAGUUUUCACUAACAUUGGUCAAAUGGAGUUCUUUUAUGGUCAAGCACCUGAUGCCAUGAGAAGCCUUUGUGCUGCUCUAUCACUCACAACUAAUGCAUUGGGAAAUUAUGUGAGCACUUUGCUUGUUAUUAUUGUGACAAAAGUCACCACAAGCAAUGGAAGGCUUGGUUGGAUUCCUGACAAUCUGAAUAGGGGCCAUCUUGAUUACUUCUAUUGGCUUUUGACCAUUCUUAGCUUGCUCAACUUUCUUGUUUAUCUUUGGAUUGCUAAGAGGUAUACUUACAAAAAGGUGAUAGGAAAUACUCAUUGA